AUGCUGACAUGCAUUGAUCGUUUUACUCGGUGGCCGGUUGCUGCGCCCAUUCCGGACAUCAGUGCCGAAACCGUUGCAAAAGCUUUCCUGACUCACUGGGUGUCCAAUUUUGGAGUUCCUGCGACUGUCACCACUGACCGCGGAUCCCAAUUCGAGUCCACGCUGUUUCGCGAACUCACAUCCCCUCUCGGUACCAACCGAAUCCGAACAAUAACGUACCACCCUCAAGCAAAUGGUCUCGUCGAACGCUUCCAUCGACAGCUCAAGACUUCCCUUAUUGCACAGCCCGAUCCUUCCCGAUGGUCUGAUCACCUUCCCCUGGUGCUGUUGUCCCUCCGUUCCACUCUCAAGGCCGACAUCGGUUGCACUGCAGCUGAUCUUGUCUACGGAACCUCCCUACGACUGCCCGGUGAGUUAGUGUCUCCCUCAAACGUGCUAACAUUUUUCGAACCUUGCAGUUAUGUGGAGCAGCUGCGCAGUGUCAUGCGCAAUCUCCGCGCAACGCCCCCUCGGGCGUCACCGGCCAAUUCCUUCUUCCCUCCCGACCUAGAUAAGUGCGAUUUCGUCUUGGUUCGGCAUGACGCUGUCCGACGACCACUCCAACCACCCUAUGACGGGCCGUAUAAAGUCCUUCGUCGAUCUGACAAAGAUGUUGUCAUCGACCGCAACGGCAAGACCGACACAGUCAGCAUUGAUCGCGUCAAACCGGCCUACAUCGACGACAGUGACCAUUCCUUACCCCAACACUGUACCCCGCCACAAACAGUGAUGCCUCCACCUACUGGCGACAGUCCCCCUCCAGUUCGCCGCACACGAUCUGGUCGUCACGUCCACUGGCCGACAGGUUUGUGGCUGGCUAGCAUGUCGACGCCUUCACUUCGUUUGGUGUCUGGGGGGGGGGGGUUGUAGCAGCCGCUCCAGCCCCCCUUUACUCUGGCUCCGUUUUGUCGGCCGAUGGCCGCGACAAACAUUGACAGGCCGCUGAGACACGACCACCCCCGCCGGCUAGAACUGGGGCACCUCCUGUCCAGCUGCAGUGAGCCCCGGCUGCCCUCACAAAAUAGUAUCACCUCACGCGCGUCGAACGCUUUGGCUUGAUGCCCGUGAGGCCUUGUGAGUAUGCGCCCUCCAUUCCUCCCCUAAUUUGUCCAAUCACACGACCACCACUCAGACAGUCAUUCCCCCCUUCCUGCUGACCCAGACACUCACGCCCGCGUAAACACACACCGCGACUGACGCUCUCCGUGAACGGACGCUUUUCUCUGUUGCAAGCCAACUUACGGCAACCUGCCCUGUGUACAGAAUAAACUAGUCCUCUGCUCCCUGACUUCUGUCAUUAGACGAAACGAACUUAUUGUGCGUGUUUUAAGUUGAUCUCACAUCCUUGACCGCCAAAAGCCGCUUAGCCAAAUAUUGGGUCAGGAAUCACUCGAUUAUGCAGCCAAGGAGAAUAAGGCGUAUCUCCACAUGAGAAAUGCAUGAUCACUAUGACCUAAUAAGGGAGGUAAUUCGCAAUGUUGGUAUUGGUAGGCGCUUUAAUUAAAGCAUGACUGGCCCUCACGCACUCUCUUCGAAACCAUUACUUGUUAGGUGAGAAGCGGAUUCCUAGUGGUAGGCAGAAACUACCGGCCGACUGCUGUUUCACAGCAGUCGACGGCGCAUUAAAGUCGCAAACGAUGAAGGUAGUCAGCUACGUAGAAAAUAGUCUGAGCUCAUCCAUCAGUUUUAGCAUCAGUUUUAUGGUCAUUGCUCGGGGACGAUACACCGUUAAGAUAUCGAGGCUUUAAGAGUCCCAUGCUCUUAUGAUCAGCCUUGAGAGAGAGAGAGAGGACUGCUUAAUUUUGAAAAUAACUUUCAAAACUUUCAGCAAAAACGGUUCUCCAGUACACAGUGAUUACCAUAGAGGUUGACAGGUUUUGGACAGGAGGACAUGAUUAUAUACGGAGAAAAAAGGACUUUAAGGUGCAAGAUCGAAUUUUAGUUCUUGUUUUUCAACAUCUUUGCAGGUGAGAUACCGGGCUAG